UCGCUACGGUCGCACGAAGCGUGAGUCGAACUCUACCGAACACGGUGUAGUUUCAAGCUAUCGCCUCCAACGCAGGAUUUGCUGCUUUUCCGUACAAAAAUCUCUUUGCUAGGGUAAUAAUUUGAUACAAAGUAAAUCGAAGAAAAGUUGGAGGAUGGUUCUGGCGGAGAGAAACUCAGAAAAUGUUAGAAAUGGGCGCAGAUCAAGGGGCCCCAGCCCUAAUGGACAGACGGAAUCCUCAAGCGAAGAAGACGGAGUUCCAGCAGAGAAAAUCCGUGUUGGAAGGGAUUAUCAAGUUAUUGUUCCAGAAUUUGUUCCAGUCAGUGAACGACGAUUAGAUCAGUGUCCUGAUAGAGCAUUAUUGGUAUGGUCUCCUACUACUGAUAUACCCGAUCAAAAAUUGGAUGAAUAUAUCAUAUUAGCAAAGGAAAAGUAUGGCUAUAAUGGAGAACAAGCAUUAGGAAUGUUAUUUUGGCACAAACAUAAUUUAGAGCGUGCUGUAUUAGAUUUAGCUAAUUUUACACCAUUCCCUGAUGAAUGGACAGUAGAGGACAAAGUUCUUUUUGAACAAGCAUUUCAGUUUCAUGGGAAAAGCUUUCAUCGAAUUCGUCAAAUGUUACCAGAUAAAUCUAUUGCCAGCCUUGUUAAAUAUUAUUAUAGCUGGAAAAAGACACGAACUAGAACAUCACUAAUGGAUAGACAAGCAAGGAAACUAACGAGUGGUGGGAAAGAAGGUGAAAAUGGUAGUGAAAAUGGGAGUGAAUUAGGUUCUAAUACAGACAGUGAAUCAGAAGAAAAAAAAUGGACGAUCCACCGCGGAAUACGUCGUGGAAAGAACCAAGCUGUGCCAGGAAGCCAAGGCACUGACGCCAAAGCCCCAUCCGACUCGGAAAACGCCCCUCAGGUUCAGGGCUCGUGUAGCAACUGUGGCGUUGCUUGUCAUAGUGUUCGUGCGACGCCGAAAGGACAUGCGUGUCACAGCUGCUAUCUGCACUGGAGGCGAACUGGUGUAGCAAGACCAUUAAGUUCCAUGCCAGGUCGAACAAAUAAAAGAAAACCACCUCGCGGUCUCGUUGUUAAUCACGAUGAUUUAGCAGCAUUGGCUGGUCAACCCAAUCAAGCAAACAACAGCUUACAAGCAAUUGACACCGAAAUUGUUAGCCUAAAACGCCAAAUACAAUCAAACAAACAGCAAGUAAGCGCAUUGAAACGUAAAACAACUGAUGGUAUUGAUGAUUUACGACCACCGGAAGUAUCCAGCCGUAUAAAUGCUCGUUGGACGAAUGACGAAUUGCUCUUGGCCGUUCAAGGUGUCCGAAAAUAUGGGAAAGAUUUUUCUGCAAUUGCUGAUGUAAUCGGAACUAAAACAGAAGCUCAUUUGCGGUCAUUCUUUGUAAAUUAUCGACGAAGGUAUAAUUUAGAUGCUGUCUUGAAAGAAUAUGAAGCUGAAAACGGUCCGAUAUUAAUUGAUGAUGAAAAAGAAGAAAAGAUGGAUGUGGAUCAGCCUAAUGAAACAGCAGAGUCAUCUCAAAAGACGAAAUCAUCCGUAGGUCUUGGACAAACUGCUAAAUAACAAAUGACUAUACUUUUGAAUACCGGCAAACGUGAAAAGAAUAAUCAUAGGCACUUUGAUCAUCGAUAAUAUUCUGUAAAAGGUAUUUGUUCAUGAUUCAGUUUGCAAUUUUUAUUUUUAAUUUUACUACUUUACGCAAUACUAAUGCAAUACUGCAUUAGAAACAUCAAGUACAAGCAACAGUUUUCAUUGAACUUAUGCGUGAAUCAAUAAUUCAUAGAAAAGGAUAGAAAUAAAUUAAUAGGAACAAAAAUAUGUGAAUUUAUUUAGCUAAACUUAGUUUUGCAUAUUUCUAAUAUGGAUUUUAUUAAGCAAUAUGGAAGAAACGUAAUUCUAUUAAAGACAUCUAGUAUAUAAUUCUAAGCAUAGAUAAAUUAGAUUAAAGAUGAAUACAUCCAAGUGCGAAUAAUAAGUAUGUCUGCAACAUCCAUUGUACAUAAUCAUGGAUGCAUAAUAAGUUUCUUUCAAAUAAAUCAACUGUAUUGUGUAGCAUAUAAUAUUUGUAGAUAUACAUAAGGGAUAUCGAAUUCCCAUUUUAAAUGAAAGUAAUUUAAAAAACAAAAUUAUUCACUUUAAAUAAAGAAAGAUUCAAACAUUAAUAAAUGAAUGAAAGAUUGAUACAAUUGUAAAAAUAUUGAAAAAAAUGCCAUAGUUUACAACGUUCAGAAAGUCAGGUAUGGUUCAGUAACUUCGAUUUCAUAUGCGGAUAAAUCAACGGUCUUCAACGAUUUUUUAUCUAUGCUCAAAUAUUAACUAGAUAUUAUUCUAACGAUUUGUCGCUACAAUGAAGCUGUGUUUGUAUUAAUUUCAAAUUUUGCAUGCACUUUACGUUGACUUAUGUCCUGUAUAUUUAAUUUUUUAUAAAGUGUUUAUAAGAAAUUUACAUGAUCUAUGUUACGAAACUUAGAGUAAAAAGAAUAUAUAAAUAAGAAAAAAAUAUAGAGAGCUAUCACUUAUUUAUAUUCCAUUUAUGUAAAAUGUUCUCAAACAGUUUUCAUGAUUAUUUCGUAAUUACAUAAAUCGGAAAAGAAUUCUUGUCUUGUGCCUAUGCAUUUUUGGGCGUAUGAAAAUGAAGGAAAGAACAGUAAAAUUUUAAAAAAUUCAACUUUAAAGAUUGAGAAGAUAUUUCUCUUCUUUCCCCACUGCUUCCUGUUUAUAUAAUAUGUAUUCAAAGUAUAACAUUGAAAUUUAGCGAGAAUUAGACAAUCUUCCAUUCUUUAUUAAAGUAAAUAAAAAUUUGGAGAACAAGAGAAAUUCUUCCAAUUUUUAAAUUUUUCAUAUAAUUGAUUAUGAAUACUUGAAACUGUAACAAUUUCAUACUGUUCAAAUCAUUUGCACGUAUAUUAUGAUUCACAUCAUUUGUGAAGGUACUAGCAAAAAUUUAAUGCCAUCAUUGCCAAGUUAUUUUAAAAAUAAAAUCAAUGAUCGCGUUGAAUGAUAUAUUUAUUAAAAGAAUAAUGCUCAAGGAAAUAAUACAAUUUCAUUCACAUUUUAACAAAAAAAAUUUAAUAUUUUAUUAAAAUACAUCACAAUAGAAAUUUUUUUAUUAGUUUUAUAGAAUAAAAAACUUGAGAGAUUGAAAAUCGAAUAUAUCAAAUUGAAAAGAAUAUAUUUUUAUGGCUUGCUGCUGCAUACUCAAUCCAUGUGUAUAAAAAACAAAAAGAAAAAAAUAAUGGUUCCUGAUAUUUCUAUUGUAUUAUGCAAAAUUAUGUGUAUACUAAAAUUGCCCGCACUUCAAACUGAUGGUGCUUCUAUAUUUAAAAGCACAACAUUUUAUAAAAAGGGAGUAUUUUACUUGUAUAAUAAAAAAUUAUAUUGAAUAAUUUUAAUUCGACAAAAUCUUUAUACAAAAAAAGAUGUUUUUUUAUAAAUUUCCCGAAAUGCUUGUGUAAUGUUAAAUAUUCGAACAAAUAAGUGUAUGUAUAUUAAUCCGUAUACACAAUUCUAUCUUAGAAGAAAUUAUGUCGUCAAUUUUCUAGGUUUUAAUAAUAAUUGUAAAAGAUAUAAAUUUAGUUUGGAAGAAAUAAUUAUUAUUAGACAUUAUUCUCAAGAUAAACUUACUUCCAAUGAUUUUUUACUGUUUUGCAAAAGAACAUUUAAACAUCAUAUACCUGUAACUUUGCUUAUAGUUUCAUGUGUACAUUCACAUUUACUAUUAAUAGCAAUAGCAAUAAGACCGUUAGUUUAAUGUUUGUCUAGGGUAGAGUCUACUACUUAAUGUUAGCCGUUUAAGUCCCAGGGGUCUUUGAAGAAAUAGGAUCGAAAAAUCUCGAAUAGCGCGAUAGCGCUUGUCUUAAUCGAUUGCGAAGAGAAACAAGCGGCGCAAUAGCGCUCGUCAUAUUUGUUAUUUUUAUGAAAUGCAUCUAUAUUAUUACAUAUUCAUACUAUUAGUUUAUAAAUAUUUCAAGUUUUGUUCAAUAAAAAUUAUUGAGAAGAUAACAAUGAAAUACAAAAUAUCGUCAGUCGUCUGUAACAUUCAAAUGUACAGGGACUUUUCGACACAAAAUCUAAACAGCGCGAUCACGCUGCUUGGGACUCAAACGGUUAAUAAAAAAAAAAAAACACUCGCAAGCGUGUGUGCACGAUUUCUUUAACAAAAGAUGGUAUUCUUGAAAAUGAUUAUGAGAUUAGGUACACCGUAGAAAUUAUUAUAUAACAUGGAUGUAAAUAGAAAUGAUCACCAAAGAAAUUUACUGUUAUCGUUAGCGACAUAUCACGAAGGCGGAUGAAAUAGCCGACAAAGACUAUCUCGUCAAACAAAUAGUUCGCAAAACUCAAAUGAAAAAGUAUAUAGUACGAUUAGAAGUAAAUAGAAAAUUAUUUGAAA